AUAAAAUGUAAUGAUUAAUAAUGAUCAUUAUUGUUGUUUGUUUUUCUUAAAAUAUUUUACACAAUCAAUAUGAUUAACAAAUCAUCAACCUUCAUUCGUACAAUUCAUAGAUUUCGUUGGCUAGUAUUGGCUAUAAUGAUUAUAUCGAUAAUACUACCAUUGAUUUUUGUGUUUGGCUUGGCAUCAUCCACUGGCAUCAGUGAUAAUGCUUGGGAUAGAAUAUUAUGGAAUAAGACUGCCGUUCAGCUACGUCUUUAUCCGGGAUCAUCGACAGUGAAAUUUUUCAAUAAUCAAUAUGAAAAACACCAGAAUCCUUUUCGAUAUAAAGUGUUUAUACAAGAUCUACUCAAUAAACAAUCUCCCACAGCAAAUACUGUUAAAUAUUCACGUCUAAUAUCGGAUCAAUCGCAAUAUCGUUCGCAACCAGAAACAGGAAUUGUUUACAAUGCCGAUGAAUUUGUUUCAUUUUGGACUAAUUUAACAGAUAUUGCCAAUACUCUCUUCAUCAUUCAAAUACAAAUCAACGAUCAUAAUCAUCAAACUAAUGUUAUCAACGCCUUCAUACAGCCAUUCCAUUCCACGGAUACUAAUGGUUUUCGCAAAAUCCCAUUAAUCAAUUUAUCUGAUCAACAAAACAAUGUUGUUGGUGAAAUCGAAGUCAACUAUUUGAUAAUACGUCCAUCGAAAGGUGAUUUCAAUCCAUUAUCUGAUCAUUAUGUUUCGAUUGAUAAUAUUCGAUUUGCUGGUCACCGUGGUACCGGUAUUGGCAUACGUCAUGAUUUACCGGAAAAAUAUAUUGAAAAUACCAUAUCAGCAUUCAACUAUGCAUGCAAAAAUGGCGCACAGAUGAUCGAAUUGGAUGUUCAAUUAUCGCACGAUGGUAUCCCAAUCGUAUAUCAUGAUUUUGAUAUUCAAACAUUUUUAAUCAAUCGUCAUAAUGAUAGUGAACAUGAUAUGUUCCGAAUACCGUUAAAAGAUAUGAGUUUGCAUUCACUUCAACAGAUAUCAACCAAUUACAUGCCACAUAUUUCAGAAAAUGUAUCAAUGCUCUUUCAAUCAUUCGAAACGUUGCAAGAUGUUCUCAACCAUACUGACCCGAAUUGUGGCAUAGAUGUUGAAAUUAAAUAUCCAUCCCAAUUAACGAAUCUUCAAUAUGAAAGUGAAUUAGGAAUCGAAUUGAAUCAAUAUGUUGAUCGAAUAUUGGAAAUUUUGUUCAAAUUCGGAAAUGAAAGGCCAAUGUUUAUAACAUCGUUUCAUCCAGAUCUUUGUUCAAUGAUUCGAUUGAAACAAAAUAAAUAUCAUGUCGCUUUUCUAACAUCGGUCAAACAUUGGUCAAGAGAUCCACGUGAUUUUUCUAUAGAAUCAGCCGUAGCAUUUGCACAAAGUAUGAUGUUCAAGGGUAUCGUACCGACUGUUGAUGCUCUGCUAACAAAAACAAACGGACAAUAUCAAUAUAUCGAUUAUGUUAAAAAACGAAAACUUGGCCUAUAUGUUUGGGGUAAUCGAAUCAAUAGCCAUCAAAUUGUGAUGAGUCUAUUGGAUAAGGGUGUUGAUUUGCUCAUAUUUGAUCACAUCGAUAAAAUAAUGAACCAAACAUUCACCGCAAAUGAAAACGGAUUUUUUUCUUGAAACUAUACCGUAAAUAAACUUUGCGUGUAUUUUCUUUCAAGAUUUCGAUUUGCUAAGCAAAUAAAUAAAGAAAUGUUUUACUUAUGAUCACAGAUUA